AUGCUUUCGAUUCUGAAUAACGACGACAAUCCGGCCUUCGCGGUGCGAAGGACUGCAGACACACCAUCCUACCAACCAUCAUACUACCAGGCCGAAUAUGCACCGAUACAGCCAUCAUGGACAGCCCAUCAUGGACACCAACCACCAACACCAUCUUAUCCAACAUCUUCCAGUACCUAUUAUCCCUCCACCGCUGGUUCUCCGCCAUACUCGAGUCAACAUCAUCAUCACCAUCAGCCUCAACACGCCCUCACUUAUCAACAUCAUCGCACACCCUCGAUACAAAGUAAUAGCGACUUGUCUAGUCCAUCCAUAUCAUCACCAUCAGCAGCCGCUUUCUAUGCGCCCUCAACAACGGAGAUGGCCAAGACGACAAAAAAGAACAAAUACCCAUGCCCUUAUGCCGCAUCUCACGCAUGUACUGCUACCUUCACCACUUCUGGUCAUGCGGCUCGUCAUGGCAAGAAGCAUACCGGUGAAAAGAGUGUCCACUGUCCGGUUUGCAACAAGGCUUUUACGCGGAAGGAUAAUAUGAAACAACAUCGUCGUACUCAUCGAUCUCCCACUGACGAAGCUGCUUCUCCUCCAACAGGCGAGUUAUAA